CGCGUCCUCCGGUCUGUCUGCAGAGUGUCCGGAUGGAGAGCAGCUUCUGUCGGCCAACACUAAACCUUCACUGCUCUCUCACAGGUUGUUUAAAUCGUCAAGGGCGUAAAACAGCAAACCCUCCUCCUCCUCCUCCCUACCAGACUCUUCUCGAGGAGAAAAGUGUCAGUCGGCGUGUGCUGAAGUGGAGGAAAGGUGGCCGACAGCGACACCGAAUCUGAGAACUCUCCUCACUUGAGAAGACGGCGUAUUUCCUGGAGGUUUUUUUUGUGGAUAUUUGAAAACCUGCAGCCAUGUCUCCUUUCCUGCGGAUCGGGUUCUCCAAAUUUGAGAUGGAUCCCGGUCUGGCCUACCUCGAAGAGGUGCUGAACCCGUACUGUGCCGUCUACAUGAAGGAGGCCAUCGACACAGAAACGGGCCAAGUGUACAAGCAGAAGAAGCCCACCAUGUACCCGCCAUGGAACACCACGUUCGAUGCCCACGUCCACCGCGGACGCAUCAUGCACGUGAUGGUGAAGGACCGGACGGCCGAGCUGAAGUCAGAGUCCACGGUGGCUCUGGACUUGCUGGCAACGCGAUGCAAGAAGGAGAACGGCAAGCUGGAGAUCUGGCUGGAGCUGAAGCCACAGGGACGCCUGCUGAUGGAGGCCAAAUACUAUCUGGAGAAAAGUGACGCUGCGGGUCAGAGCGAAGGAGACCAAGAGUCCGAACCAGAGAGGGAGGGUCUGUUCGCCCUCCAUCAGCGGCGAGGUGCCAUCAAACAGGCCAAAGUCCACGUUGUCAAAUGCCACGAGUUCAGCGCCACGUUCUUCCCUCAACCGACCUUCUGCUCCGUCUGCAAAGAGUUCGUCUGGGGUCUGAACAAGCAGGGCUACCAGUGCAGAGAGUGCAACGCAGCGAUUCACAAAAAAUGCAUCGACAAAGUCAUCGCUAAAUGCACGGGUUCAGCCAUCAACAGCAAAGAGACAAUGAUCCACAAGGAGCGCUUCAAGAUCGACAUGCCCCACAGGUUUAAGGUCUACAACUACAAAAGUCCCACGUUCUGUGAACACUGCGGGACUCUGCUGUGGGGGCUCGCCAAGCAGGGGCUCAAAUGUGAGGAAUGCAGCAUGAACGUCCAUCACAAAUGCCAGAAGAAAGUAGCCAACCUCUGUGGGGUCAACCAGAAGCUGAUGGCUGAAGCUCUGGCAAUCAUCGAGAGCAAACAGCAGGCCAGAAGCACCAGAGACACGGACAGUGAGAUCAUCAGUCGAGAAGGUCCAGUAGGCGUCGGCCAGCAGGGAGUCGUCCGAGAGCCGUCCGGGUUAGUCACGGCUGCAGCAGCUACACCUGCAAACAAAGAGCUGCAGGGCGUUUCAUGGGACGGGCCGGCUGACGGGUCGAUCCCUGAGGCGCGGUCGGACAAAGAGCCUCUGUACGCCGUUCCCAAGAAGGAUCACCAUCCCAAGUUCACCGUCGAUGACUUCGUCCUGCACAAGAUGCUCGGGAAGGGCAGCUUCGGCAAGGUGUUUUUGGCCGAGCUGAAGAAGAGCGGGGAGUUUUAUGCGGUGAAGGUUCUGAAGAAGGACGUGGUGCUGAUGGACGACGACGUGGAGUGCACCAUGGUGGAGAGGAGGGUCCUCUCGUUAGCCUGGGAGAACCCUUUCCUCACACACCUUCACUGCACCUUCCAGACCAAGGAGAACCUGUUCUUCGUGAUGGAGUACCUGAAUGGAGGCGAUCUCAUGUUCCACAUCCAGUACUGCCACAAGUUUGACGUGCACAGAACCACCUUCUAUGCAGCUGAAAUCAUCUGUGGGCUCCAGUUCCUGCACUCUAAAGGAAUCAUUUACAGGGAUCUGAAGCUGGACAACGUGCUGCUGGACUCCGAGGGUCACAUAAAGAUAGCAGACUUCGGCAUGUGUAAGGAGAACAUGCAGGAGCAGUCACGGACCGCCACCUUCUGUGGGACGCCCGACUACAUCGCUCCCGAGAUCCUGCUGGGGCAGAAGUACAACAGCUCGGUGGACUGGUGGUCGUUCGGGGUGCUGCUGUACGAGAUGCUGAUCGGUCAGUCUCCGUUCCACGGCAGCGACGAAGAGCAGCUGUUUCAGUCCAUACGGACGGACAACCCCCCUUACCCCCGCUGGCUCACCAAAGACGCCAAGGACAUUCUGAUUAAGUUGUUUGUGAGGGAGCCCGAGGAGCGACUGGGAGUGAAGGGAAACAUCCGAGAGCACAACUUCUUCAGCAGCACCGACUGGCCCGCCCUGGAACAACGGAAGGUGGCGCCGCCCUUCAGGCCAACUCUAACGUCGCCCAGUGACUGCAGCAACUUCGACAAAGAGUUCAUCAACGAGAAGCCUCGGCUGUCGUGUGCCGACCGGACGCUCAUCAACAGCGUUGACCAGACGAUGUUCAGAAACUUCUCCUUCGUGAACCCGGGGAUGACUCGCGUCGCAGCGCGCUGACCGCCGGACCGACAACCUACUACCUUACGGAACGACGCAAGUCUCAACCAGCUCUCACUGGAACCGGAAGAAAAAAGACUUUUGACCGUGAAUGUCACAAACUGUAUCCGUCAACAUGAUGAGAACCACUACGGGGGGGGGGGUUAGGGUUGAAGGCGCACACUGUGAUGGGAUCUUGUCUCUCGUCUUUUCCGUCUCUCGCUCUCAAUUAUUUUAAAUUUAAAUAAAACAAAAACAUUUCUGCAAAUCAACAACAUACCGUAAGUCCAUUUUAAGGACUCACAUAAAAUGUGUUGAAUACAUAAUAGCAUAGAAUCCCAUCUUAAAGUACUUAACCCCCUGAACUUGCCUCCGUGCUUAUCAGGGUGUGUUUAUCAAUAGAGCAUGAACUUGCUGUGCCUCGUAAUAUUUUAUUAAGUUAAUUUCUUCAAGUAAAGAAACCAGAUUACAUCUAUUGUUACCUAUUCCACAGCGUAAAAAGUCUUUUCAGCCCUUUGUGUAAAUAAAUGUAAUUCUGUUGAUGUUAGCAGGUUUUUGUUUACGUGUUUUCGUAUCGUACCUCAGGAGUUUUUAUUAAUGCGGUAAUUUAGAUCAGGUACUAAGAUCGGCUGUGUACUGUAGUUUUUAUUGUUCUCUUCUUGUGAAUCAUGAACAAUAAAAUAUGUGGUUUUUUUAGACUGCUGUUUCUGAUUAAAACAAGCUAAAAGGUUAAAGUUCAUCACAUUUAUUAUCACAAAAAGCCUUUAAGUCCAUAAAGCAGAACUGCUUAAUAAUUUGCAAGUUGCCCACAAUGCAACUAGAAAUAAUAUGCAUGCCGAAUUAUUCUUAACACAUUGACAUGUGCAAUGAAGUACAUUAUUUUGUUGUUAAAAUCUGUAUUCUCCCCUUAAAUAUAGUACAUCUACCACGGAGCAUGACAGUUCCAAAGGACACGGACACAUUUCGUUGCUGCACCUUAUUCCGUUGCUUUGCUGUCUCACCGUCAGCGGCUCCGGUUCAGUCGGAGAGUAGAAACGAGUCCCGCUGAGCUGAAACACACCGACAGCCCUGCAGAGUAAACUACGAGCCAUGUUUGUUUAUAAUCGUCGCUUCGCCGUCCCACACUCACUUCCGGGUUGCGUUGACGUCACAGGCACGUAAGGGCGACGUAAGACGAAACAAGGAAGUCAGAAAUUCAAACAGUUCUAUGUAUUUUAAUUUAUUGGAGAAAAAAAAAAUCCAUGUACAACUUUAAGAUUUGGUCCAAAAAUAUAAAAAUUAGUUAGUUAUUAAUUAAUAAUAUUACUAUUAGCGUAGUAUACACGCUGGUGUAUGUAAAUACAUUGCUUUUCUUUCUCCACUUCCUGUUUUGUCC